AUGGGCUGGGGGCAAUUCGACUAUUCACAACAACAAAAUACUAGUCAACAAUAUGCUAGCAAUCAAAACUAUUAUCAACAGCAAAAUCCAUAUGCUCAGUCUCAGAAUUUCUACGGUGGACAGAUGUUUGUCCCGAACGCUGGGAUUGGAGGUAAUAUUCACAUUCGCACAGUGGGUGCCGAUGGUGAAGAUUAUGAGAACGAGCCGCCCUUGCUUGAAGAGCUUGGAAUAAAUUUUUCUCAUAUAAAAGAAAAGACUUUUGCGGUCCUGAACCCGGCAGGCAGUGCGUCACCUGAAGUUAUAGAGGACCAAGAUUUAGCUGGACCUCUUGUCUUUUGCUUGUUGUUUGGGUUUGCGUUAUUACUUCAUGGAAAAAUGACAUUCGGUUACAUCUAUGGUAUUGGUGGACUUGGAUGUGUGGGCAUGUAUGCUCUAAUGAAUCUUAUGGCUGCGGAAAAGACGAUCUCUUUCACAUGUACAGCUUCUGUAUUGGGUUACUGCUUACUUCCCAUGGCGCUUCUAAGCAUGGUCACUGCAGUAUUAUCAUUUAAGGGUGCUUUCGGAUACUCGGUAUCAGCAUUGGCUGUUAUAUGGUGUAGUUCGGCGUCGUCAAAGCUAUUCGUGAUAGCCCUCUCCAUGCAUCAUCAACGUCUUCUAGUAGCGUAUCCGUGCGUCUUACUGUAUUCUGUUUUUGCAUUGUUAGCUAUCUUUUAG